CGCUGGGCUCACUCGGCCGCGGGGUAGCGGACGGUCGGCUUUGCGCGCCCGUUUCUUUCCUCCUUCCGCUCGCUCGCUCUCGCCCAGUCGCGGCCGCCUCCUCACCGCUGCCUGAGGUCGCGAGCGCGGCGCCAUGUCGGAGCCCGGGGGCGGUGGCGGCGAGGACGGCUCGGCCGGCCUGGAGGUGUCGGCGGUGCAGAACGUUGCCGACGUGUCGGUGCUGCAGAAGCACCUGCGGAAGCUGGUGCCGCUGCUGCUGGAGGAUGGCGGCGAGGCGCCGGCCGCGCUCGAGGCGGCGCUGGAGGAGAAGAGCGCCCUGGAGCAGAUGCGCAAGUUCCUCUCGGACCCGCAGGUCCACACGGUCCUGGUGGAGCGCUCCACGCUCAAAGAGGAUGUUGGUGAUGAAGGAGAAGAAGAAAAAGAAUUCAUUUCUUAUAACAUCAACAUAGACAUUCAUUAUGGAGUGAAGUCCAAUAGCUUGGCGUUCAUCAAACGUGCUCCAGUGAUUGAUGCUGACAAACCAGUGUCUUCUCAGCUCCGAGUCCUCACGCUUAGUGAAGACUCGCCAUACGAAACCUUGCAUUCUUUCAUUAGCAAUGCCGUGGCUCCUUUUUUUAAGUCCUAUAUCAGAGAGUCUGGCAAGGCAGACCGGGAUGGUGAUAAAAUGGCUCCUUCAGUUGAAAAAAAGAUUGCAGAACUUGAAAUGGGACUUCUUCACUUGCAGCAAAAUAUUGAAAUUCCAGAGAUCAGCCUGCCAAUCCACCCAAUUAUUACAAAUGUUGCAAAACAGUGUUAUGAACGUGGAGAAAAGCCCAAAGUUACAGACUUUGGGGAUAAGGUUGAGGACCCAACUUUUCUCAAUCAAUUGCAAUCUGGAGUUAACCGCUGGAUCCGAGAAAUUCAAAAAGUGACCAAACUUGAUCGAGAUCCUGCCUCAGGAACUGCCUUACAGGAAAUUAGCUUUUGGCUUAACUUGGAACGUGCAUUAUACCGCAUACAAGAGAAACGAGAGAGCCCAGAAGUUCUCCUUACUCUGGACAUCUUGAAACACGGCAAACGUUUUCAUGCCACCGUCAGUUUUGACACUGACACAGGUCUAAAACAGGCUUUGGAAACUGUGAAUGACUACAAUCCUCUGAUGAAAGAUUUUCCUCUGAAUGAUUUACUGUCUGCCACUGAGCUGGACAAAAUAAGACAGGCGCUUGUUGCAAUUUUCACCCAUUUGAGAAAGAUCCGAAACACAAAAUAUCCCAUUCAGAGGGCACUGCGUUUGGUGGAGGCAAUUUCAAGAGACUUGAGCUCUCAAUUACUCAAAGUGUUGGGCACUAGAAAAUUGAUGCAUGUUGCUUAUGAAGAAUUUGAAAAAGUUAUGGUCGCAUGCUUUGAAGUUUUUCAGACUUGGGAUGAUGAAUAUGAGAAACUUCAGGUGUUGUUAAGAGACAUCGUCAAAAGAAAAAGGGAAGAAAAUCUGAAGAUGGUGUGGCGAAUCAACCCUGCUCACAGGAAGCUCCAGGCUCGCCUGGACCAGAUGAGAAAAUUCAGACGCCAGCACGAGCAGCUGAGAGCUGUCAUUGUCAGGGUCCUGAGGCCGCAGGUUACAGCAGUUGCACAGCAGAAUCAGGGUGAGGUGCCCGAACCCCAGGACAUGAAGGUAGCCGAGGUCCUCUUUGAUGCUGCUGACGCAAACGCUAUUGAGGAGGUAAACCUUGCGUACGAGAACGUCAAGGAAGUGGAUGGGCUGGACGUUUCCAAAGAAGGCACGGAGGCUUGGGAGGCCGCCAUGAAGAGAUAUGAUGAGAGGAUUGACAGGGUGGAGACUCGGAUAACAGCUCGCCUUCGAGAUCAGCUUGGCACGGCCAAGAACGCUAACGAGAUGUUCAGGAUUUUCUCCAGGUUCAACGCGCUGUUUGUCAGGCCUCACAUCCGUGGGGCUAUCCGUGAAUACCAGACCCAGCUAAUCCAGCGUGUGAAGGACGACAUUGAGUCUCUUCACGACAAGUUCAAGGUCCAGUACCCACAGAGUCAGGCCUGCAAGAUGAGCCAUGUGCGCGACCUGCCGCCUGUGUCGGGGUCUAUUAUCUGGGCAAAACAGAUUGACCGGCAGCUCACCGCCUAUAUGAAGCGUGUGGAGGACGUCCUUGGCAAGGGUUGGGAGAACCAUGUGGAAGGGCAGAAGCUGAAGCAGGAUGGAGAUAGUUUCCGCAUGAAGCUCAACACUCAAGAAAUAUUUGAUGACUGGGCAAGGAAGGUGCAGCAGCGGAACCUCGGCGUCUCGGGGCGCAUCUUCACCAUUGAAAGUACUCGGGUUCGGGGUCGCACUGGGAAUGUCCUUAAGCUAAAAGUUAACUUCCUUCCUGAGAUUAUUACACUUUCAAAAGAAGUUCGAAACCUGAAGUGGCUCGGUUUCCGGGUCCCGUUGGCGAUUGUGAACAAAGCCCACCAAGCAAACCAGCUCUACCCGUUUGCCAUCUCACUGAUCGAAAGCGUCCGUACCUAUGAACGCACCUGCGAGAAAGUAGAGGAGCGGAACACCAUCUCCCUUCUGGUAGCUGGCCUGAAAAAGGAGGUGCAGGCCCUGAUCGCUGAGGGCAUUGCGCUGGUGUGGGAAUCCUAUAAACUCGACCCAUAUGUGCAGCGCUUGGCAGAGACUGUCUUCAACUUCCAAGAAAAGGUGGAUGAUCUGCUGACCAUUGAAGAAAAGAUAGACCUUGAAGUCCGUUCCCUGGAAACAUGUAUGUAUGAUCAUAAAACUUUCUCAGAGAUCUUGAACAGAGUCCAGAAAGCCGUGGAUGACUUAAAUCUGCACUCCUAUUCCAACCUGCCCAUCUGGGUCAACAAGCUUGAUAUGGAGAUUGAAAGAAUAUUGGGUGUUCGCCUUCAAGCUGGCCUGAGAGCUUGGACCCAGGUGCUUCUUGGACAAGCUGAAGAUAAGGCAGAAGUUGAUAUGGAUACAGAUGCGCCGCAAGUUAGUCACAAGCCUGGUGGAGAGCCAAAGAUCAAAAAUGUCGUUCAUGAGCUAAGAAUAACCAAUCAGGUCAUCUAUUUGAACCCUCCCAUUGAGGAGUGCAGGUACAAGCUGUACCAGGAAAUGUUCGCCUGGAAGAUGGUCGUGCUCUCUCUCCCCAGGAUCCAGAGCCAGAGGUACCAGGUGGGUGUACAUUACGAACUGACUGAAGAAGAGAAAUUCUAUCGGAAUGCUCUAACACGGAUGCCUGAUGGCCCCGUUGCCCUGGAAGAGUCCUAUUCUGCAGUCAUGGGCAUCGUAACUGAAGUCGAGCAGUAUGUCAAGGUGUGGCUUCAGUAUCAGUGCUUAUGGGACAUGCAAGCUGAAAACAUCUAUAACAGACUUGGGGAAGAUCUCAACAAAUGGCAAGCUCUCUUGGUUCAAAUAAGGAAGGCCAGAGGAACUUUUGAUAAUGCGGAAACCAAGAAAGAGUUUGGACCUGUAGUUAUAGAUUACGGCAAGGUACAAUCCAAGGUGAACUUGAAGUAUGACUCUUGGCAUAAAGAGGUUCUCAGCAAAUUUGGGCAGAUGCUUGGAUCAAACAUGACAGAAUUCCAUUCCCAGAUCUCAAAGUCUCGCCAGGAGCUGGAGCAGCACUCGGUGGACACGGCCAGCACCUCUGAUGCCGUGACCUUCAUCACCUACGUGCAGUCGUUGAAACGGAAGAUCAAGCAGUUUGAGAAACAAGUCGAGCUCUAUCGCAAUGGUCAGCGCUUGCUGGAGAAGCAGAGGUUCCAGUUCCCUCCGUCCUGGCUCUAUAUUGACAACAUCGAGGGGGAGUGGGGGGCCUUCAACGACAUCAUGCGGCGGAAGGACUCUGCCAUUCAGCAGCAGGUGGCCAACCUGCAAAUGAAGAUCGUCCAGGAGGACCGGGCCGUGGAAAGUCGCACCACUGACCUGCUGACAGACUGGGAGAAAACCAAGCCUGUCACGGGCAAUCUUCGCCCAGAGGAGGCACUUCAAGCUCUCACCAUAUAUGAAGGAAAGUUCGGCCGGCUGAAGGAUGACCGGGAGAAGUGUGCGAAGGCCAAGGAGGCGCUGGAGCUGACAGAUACGGGACUUCUCAGCGGCAGUGAGGAGCGCGUCCAGGUGGCCUUGGAAGAAUUACAGGACCUCAAAGGUGUUUGGUCAGAACUCUCCAAGGUCUGGGAGCAGAUUGACCAGAUGAAGGAACAGCCGUGGGUUUCAGUACAGCCUCGCAAGCUUCGGCAAAAUUUAGAUGGCCUCUUGAAUCAGCUGAAAAACUUCCCCGCGCGAUUACGGCAGUAUGCGUCCUAUGAGUUCGUCCAGAGGCUCCUGAAAGGGUACCUGAAGAUAAACAUGCUGGUGAUCGAGCUGAAGUCCGAGGCGCUGAAAGAUCGCCACUGGAAGCAGCUGAUGAAGCGGCUCCAUGUGAACUGGGUUGUUUCUGAGCUAACCCUUGGCCAGAUCUGGGACGUUGACUUGCAGAGAAAUGAAGCUGUCGUUAAGGACGUGCUGCUUGUGGCACAAGGAGAGAUGGCUUUGGAGGAGUUCCUGAAGCAGAUAAGGGAAGUGUGGAACGCCUACGAAUUAGACCUGGUCAACUAUCAGAACAAGUGCCGCUUGAUCCGUGGCUGGGAUGACCUCUUCAAUAAGGUCAAAGAGCACAUCAACAGCGUGUCUGCUAUGAAGCUCUCUCCGUAUUACAAGGUCUUCGAAGAGGAUGCUCUGAGCUGGGAAGACAAACUGAACCGCAUCAUGGCUCUCUUUGACGUGUGGAUCGACGUGCAGAGGCGGUGGGUCUACCUGGAAGGCAUCUUCACAGGCAGUGCAGAUAUCAAGCACCUGCUGCCGGUGGAAACCCAGCGGUUCCAGAGUAUCAGCACAGAGUUUUUGGCUCUAAUGAAAAAAGUAUCCAAAUCUCCCCUUGUUAUGGAUGUUCUGAACAUCCAGGGGGUACAGAGAUCUCUGGAGAGAUUGGCCGACCUGCUAGGAAAGAUCCAGAAAGCACUGGGAGAGUACCUGGAAAGAGAGCGAUCAUCUUUUCCCAGGUUCUAUUUUGUGGGUGAUGAAGAUUUGCUUGAAAUCAUUGGAAACAGCAAGAAUGUAGCCAAGUUACAGAAACAUUUCAAGAAAAUGUUUGCCGGAGUCUCAAGCAUUAUCCUAAACGAGGAUAACUCCGUUGUCCUGGGCAUCUCGUCCCGUGAAGGAGAGGAGGUUAUAUUUAAAACUCCAGUGUCCAUUACUGAACAUCCCAAAAUCAAUGAGUGGCUCACACUGGUGGAAAAGGAGAUGAGGGUCACCCUGGCUAAGCUUCUUGCUGAGUCGGUUACAGAAGUUGAGAUUUUUGGUAAAGCAACUUCAAUCGACCCAAAUACCUACAUCACUUGGAUUGAUAAAUACCAGGCCCAGCUUGUGGUUUUGUCAGCCCAGAUAGCCUGGUCUGAAAACGUGGAGAUGGCUCUGAGCAGCAGUGGUGGGAGUGGCGACGCGGCACCCUUGCCCUCUGUGCUGAGCAACGUGGAGGUCACGCUCAAUGUGUUGGCCGACUCUGUCCUCAUGGAGCAACCCCCGCUCCGAAGACGGAAGCUGGAGCACUUGAUCACAGAGCUGGUCCACCAGAGAGAUGUCACCAGGUCCUUGAUCAAAAGCAAGGUGGACAACGCCAAGUCUUUUGAAUGGCUCAGCCAGAUGCGAUUUUACUUUGACCCUAAGCAAACGGAUGUGCUACAGCAGUUGUCAAUCCAAAUGGCAAAUGCCAAAUUUAACUACGGCUUCGAGUACCUGGGUGUUCAGGACAAGCUGGUGCAGACCCCCCUCACCGACCGCUGCUAUUUGACCAUGACACAAGCAUUGGAGGCCAGGCUGGGGGGGUCCCCAUUCGGGCCUGCGGGAACUGGGAAGACCGAGUCCGUCAAAGCCCUUGGCCACCAGCUUGGACGCUUCGUUUUGGUUUUCAACUGUGAUGAAACCUUUGAUUUCCAGGCAAUGGGCCGCAUCUUUGUGGGGCUUUGCCAAGUGGGCGCGUGGGGCUGCUUUGACGAGUUCAACCGCCUGGAGGAGCGCAUGCUCUCGGCCGUGUCCCAGCAGGUGCAGUGCAUCCAGGAGGCGCUGCGCGAGCACUCCAACCCCAGCUGUGACAAGCCCUCUGCCCCCAUCACUUGUGAGCUGUUGAAUAAACAAGUCAAGGUGAGCCCAGACAUGGCUGUCUUCAUCACCAUGAACCCUGGCUACGCGGGCAGGUCAAACCUUCCAGACAACUUGAAGAAGCUGUUCCGGAGCCUGGCCAUGACCAAGCCCGACCGGCAGCUGAUCGCCCAGGUCAUGCUGUAUUCUCAGGGCUUCCGCACUGCCGAAAUUCUUGCCAACAAGAUUGUUCCCUUCUUCAAACUGUGUGAUGAGCAGCUCUCUUCUCAGAGCCAUUAUGACUUUGGUCUCCGGGCUUUGAAGAGCGUGCUGGUAAGUGCAGGGAAUGUGAAGAGAGAGAGAAUUCAGAAGAUAAAGAGGGAGAAAGAAGAACGAGGUGAAGUAGUUGAUGAAGGCGAAAUCGCAGAGAAUCUGCCCGAACAAGAGAUUCUGAUACAGAGCGUCUGUGAGACGAUGGUGCCGAAGCUCGUGGCGGAAGACAUCCCGCUGCUCUUCAGCCUCCUGUCGGACGUGUUCCCCGGAGUCCAGUACCACCGCGGGGAGAUGACUGCACUCCGCGAGGAGCUGAAGAAAGUGUGUCAGGAGAUGUAUCUGACCUACGGGGAUGGAGAGGAAGUCGGCGGGAUGUGGGUUGAAAAGGUUCUCCAGCUCUACCAGAUCACCCAGAUCAACCACGGCUUGAUGAUGGUGGGGCCCUCAGGAAGCGGGAAGAGCAUGGCCUGGCGCGUGCUUCUGAAGGCUUUGGAGAGACUUGAGGGUGUGGAAGGUGUGGCCCACAUCAUCGACCCCAAGGCCAUCAGCAAAGACCACCUCUACGGGACCCUGGACCCCAACACCAGGGAGUGGACAGAUGGGCUGUUCACACAUGUUCUGAGAAAGAUCAUAGACAACGUGAGAGGCGAGCUGCAGAAGCGCCAGUGGAUCAUCUUUGAUGGAGACGUGGACCCCGAGUGGGUGGAGAACUUGAACUCGGUGCUGGAUGACAAUAAGCUCCUGACUCUGCCGAAUGGAGAGCGCCUCAGCCUUCCACCCAACGUGCGAAUAAUGUUUGAGGUGCAGGACUUGAAGUAUGCCACCCUGGCCACAGUGUCACGCUGUGGCAUGGUCUGGUUCAGCGAGGAUGUGCUCAGCACGGACAUGAUCUUCAACAACUUCCUGGCCAGGCUGCGCAGCAUCCCCCUGGAUGAAGGGGAGGAUGAGGCCCAGCGCCGGCGCAAGGGCAAGGAGGACGAGGGGGAGGAGGCCGCCUCCCCGAUGCUGCAGACCCAGCGGGACGCCGCCACGAUCAUGCAGCCAUACUUCACGUCCAACGGCCUGGUCACCAAGGCCCUGGAGCACGCCUUCAAGCUGGAGCACAUCAUGGACCUGACCCGCCUCCGCUGCCUGGGCUCACUCUUCUCCAUGCUGCACCAGGCCUGCCGGAACGUGGCCCAGUACAACGCCAACCACCCUGACUUCCCCAUGCAGACGGAGCAGCUGGAGCGCUACAUUCAGCGGUAUCUGGUUUAUGCCAUACUCUGGUCCUUGUCUGGAGACAGCCGGCUGAAGAUGAGAGCAGAGCUGGGUGAAUACAUCAGAAGAAUCACGACAGUGCCACUGCCCGCUGCACCCAACAUACCGAUCAUUGAUUAUGAAGUGUCCAUCAGCGGAGAGUGGUCACCAUGGCAGGCCAAGGUGCCUCAGAUCGAAGUGGAGACGCACAAGGUGGCAGCCCCUGACGUUGUCGUGCCGACCCUAGACACAGUCCGCCACGAAGCCCUCUUGUACACCUGGCUGGCUGAGCACAAGCCACUGGUCUUAUGUGGCCCUCCUGGGUCCGGCAAGACCAUGACACUCUUCAGCGCCCUCCGGGCCUUGCCUGACAUGGAGGUCGUGGGUCUUAACUUCUCGAGUGCUACCACGCCUGAGCUCCUGCUGAAGACCUUUGACCACUACUGCGAGUACAGACGCACACCCAACGGGGUGGUCUUGGCUCCCGUCCAGCUUGGAAAGUGGCUGGUGUUGUUCUGUGAUGAAAUCAACUUGCCAGACAUGGAUAAAUACGGGACCCAGAGGGUCAUCUCCUUCAUCAGACAGAUGGUGGAGCAUGGGGGCUUCUACCGUACCUCAGACCAGACGUGGGUGAAGCUGGAGAGAAUCCAGUUUGUCGGGGCCUGUAACCCGCCCACUGAUCCUGGCAGAAAGCCCCUCUCUCACAGAUUCUUGCGUCAUGUGCCUGUCGUGUACGUGGAUUACCCAGGACCUGCCUCCCUGACGCAGAUCUACGGCACUUUUAACCGGGCCAUGCUGAGGCUUAUUCCAUCGCUGCGCACAUACGCCGAGCCACUCACCGCCGCGAUGGUGGAAUUCUAUACCAUGUCUCAGGAGAGAUUCACUCAGGACACACAACCGCACUAUAUCUAUUCACCCCGUGAAAUGACCAGGUGGGUGCGAGGCAUCUUUGAGGCUCUGAGACCUCUGGAGACCCUGCCUGUGGAAGGCCUCAUUCGGAUUUGGGCGCAUGAGGCCCUCCGUCUCUUCCAGGACAGGCCCAUCUUGUAUAGUAACUGGUUGUCAAAGGAUUACAUCCCAGUAGAUCAAGAAGAGCUGAGAGAUUACGUCAAAGCUAGGCUGAAAGUCUUCUAUGAAGAAGAACUUGAUGUCCCCCUGGUCCUGUUCAAUGAAGUGCUGGACCACGUGCUCAGGAUUGACCGAAUAUUCCGCCAGCCUCAAGGCCACUUGCUUCUGAUUGGUGUCAGUGGAGCAGGAAAAACCACCCUGUCCCGUUUUGUGGCCUGGAUGAACGGUCUGAGUGUGUACCAGAUCAAGGUCCACAGGAAGUACACAGGGGAAGACUUUGAUGAAGACCUUCGCACAGUGUUGAGACGUUCCGGCUGUAAAAAUGAAAAGAUAGCGUUCAUCAUGGACGAAUCCAAUGUGUUAGAUUCUGGAUUCCUGGAGCGGAUGAACACGCUCUUGGCCAACGGAGAGGUUCCUGGCCUCUUCGAAGGAGAUGAGUAUGCCACCUUGAUGACCCAGUGUAAAGAGGGGGCCCAGAAGGAGGGCUUGAUGCUGGACUCACACGAGGAGCUGUACAAAUGGUUCACCAGCCAAGUUAUCCGCAACCUCCAUGUCGUCUUCACCAUGAACCCGUCCUCAGAGGGGCUCAAGGACCGCGCAGCCACCUCCCCAGCCCUCUUCAACAGGUGUGUGUUGAACUGGUUUGGGGACUGGUCCACUGAAGCCCUUUAUCAGGUUGGCAAAGAAUUCACAAGUAAAAUGGACCUGGAGAAGCCGAAUUACAUUGUGCCUGACUACAUGCCCGUUGUGUAUGACAAACUGCCACAGCCACCUUCACAUCGGGAAGCUAUUGUGAACAGCUGUGUAUUUGUUCAUCAGACACUUCACCAGGCCAAUGCUCGGCUGGCAAAGCGAGGGGGCAGGACAAUGGCCAUCACGCCUCGCCACUACCUGGACUUCAUCAACCACUAUGCCGACCUGUUCCAUGAGAAGCGAAGCGAGCUGGAGGAGCAACAGAUGCACUUGAACGUUGGGCUCCGGAAAAUCAAAGAGACCGUCGACCAGGUAGAAGAGCUACGUCGUGACCUGAGGAUAAAGAGCCAGGAGCUGGAGGUGAAGAACGCAGCAGCCAACGACAAGCUCAAAAAGAUGGUGAAAGACCAACAAGAGGCUGAGAAGAAAAAGGUCAUGAGCCAAGAAAUUCAGGAGCAGCUGCACAAGCAGCAGGAAGUGAUUGCAGACAAGCAGAUGAGCGUCAAGGAAGACCUUGACAAGGUGGAGCCCGCUGUCAUCGAGGCCCAGAAUGCUGUGAAGUCCAUCAAGAAGCAGCACCUGGUGGAGGUGCGCUCCAUGGCCAACCCGCCCGCGGCUGUGAAGCUGGCGCUCGAGUCCAUCUGCCUGCUGCUGGGGGAGAGCACGACCGACUGGAAGCAGAUUCGCUCCAUCAUCAUGCGCGAGAACUUCAUCCCCACCAUCGUGAACUUCUCCGCAGAGGAGAUCAGUGAUGCCAUAAGGGAGAAGAUGAAGAAAAACUACAUGUCCAAUCCAAGCUACAAUUAUGAAAUUGUAAAUCGCGCUUCCCUGGCCUGUGGCCCUAUGGUCAAAUGGGCGAUCGCACAGCUUAACUAUGCCGACAUGCUGAAGCGCGUGGAGCCCCUGCGGAACGAGCUGCAGAAGCUGGAGGACGACGCCAAGGACAACCAGCAGAAGGCCAACGAGGUGGAGCAGAUGAUCCGGGACCUGGAAGCCAGCAUCGCCCGCUACAAGGAGGAGUACGCCGUCCUCAUCUCAGAGGCCCAGGCCAUCAAAGCAGACCUGGCUGCUGUUGAAGCCAAAGUAAACCGGAGCACGGCUCUUCUGAAGAGUUUAUCUGCUGAACGUGAGCGAUGGGAAAAAACAAGUGAGACUUUCAAGAACCAGAUGUCCACCAUUGCUGGGGACUGCCUCCUGUCAGCCGCGUUCAUUGCUUACGCGGGUUAUUUUGACCAGCAGAUGCGUCAAAACUUGUUCACCACCUGGUCCCACCACCUACAGCAAGCUAAUAUCCAGUUUCGUACAGACAUUGCCAGGACGGAAUAUCUCUCCAAUGCUGAUGAGCGUCUUCGCUGGCAAGCCAGCUCCUUACCUGCCGACGACCUGUGCACAGAGAAUGCCAUCAUGCUCAAACGCUUCAACAGGUACCCGCUGAUCAUUGACCCCUCUGGGCAGGCCACCGAGUUCAUCAUGAAUGAGUACAAGGACCGCAAGAUCACGCGGACCAGCUUCCUGGACGACGCCUUCAGGAAGAACCUGGAGAGCGCCCUGAGAUUCGGCAACCCCCUGCUCGUCCAGGACGUGGAGAGCUACGACCCAGUUCUGAAUCCGGUCCUGAACCGUGAAGUGCGGCGAACAGGGGGGAGAGUGCUGAUUACCCUUGGGGACCAGGAUAUAGACCUGUCGCCAUCGUUUGUCAUCUUCCUGUCCACCCGAGACCCGACCGUGGAGUUCCCCCCAGACCUCUGCUCCCGGGUGACUUUCGUCAACUUCACAGUCACUCGCAGCAGCUUACAGAGCCAGUGUCUGAACGAAGUGCUUAAAGCAGAGAGACCUGAUGUGGACGAGAAACGGUCUGAUCUUCUUAAACUUCAAGGGGAGUUUCAGCUACGGCUCCGUCAGCUAGAAAAAUCCCUGCUACAAGCCCUGAAUGAAGUGAAAGGGCGCAUCUUGGAUGACGACACCAUCAUCACCACCCUGGAGAACCUCAAGAGGGAAGCGGCUGAGGUGACGAGGAAGGUAGAGGAGACCGACCUCGUCAUGCAGGAGGUGGAGACGGUGUCCCAGCAGUACCUGCCGCUCUCCACAGCCUGCAGCAGCAUCUACUUCACCAUGGAGUCCCUGAAGCAGAUACACUUCUUGUACCAGUACUCCCUCCAGUUCUUCCUGGACAUCUACCACAACGUCCUGUACGAGAACCCGAACCUGAAGGGCAUCACCGACCACACGCAGCGCCUCGGCCUCAUAACCAAGGACCUCUUCCAGGUGGCGUUUAACCGCGUGGCCCGAGGCAUGCCGCAUCAGGACCACAUCACUUUCGCCAUGCUCCUGGCCAGGAUCAAACUGAAGGGCGCCGUCGGGGAGCCCACCUACGAUGCCGAGUUCCAGCACUUCCUGAGAGGGAAGGAGAUUGUCCUGAGUGCUGGCUCGACGCCCAAGGUCCCGGGCCUGACUGUAGAGCAGGCCGAAGCGGCGGUGAGGCUCAGCUGUCUCCCUGCCUUUAAAGACCUGAUUGCAAAGGUUCAGGCCGACGAGCAGUUCAGCAUGUGGUUGGAUAGCAGCUCCCCUGAGCAGACGGUGCCGUACCUGUGGAGUGAAGACAGCCCUGCAACACCCAUUGGGCAAGCCAUCCACCGCCUGCUGUUGAUCCAGGCCUUCCGCCCUGACCGCCUGCUGGCCAUGGCCCACAUAUUUGUUUCCACCAAUCUUGGGGAGUCCUUCAUGUCCAUCAUGGAGCAGCCGCUGGACCUGACCCAUAUCGUGGACACAGAGGUAAAGCCGAAUACUCCAGUCCUAAUGUGCUCUGUGCCUGGUUAUGAUGCCAGUGGGCAUGUUGAAGACCUGGCUGCUGAACAGAACACACAGAUCACUUCCAUUGCAAUCGGCUCGGCAGAAGGCUUCAACCAAGCGGAUAAGGCAAUAAAUACAGCUGUGAAGUCAGGCAGGUGGGUGAUGCUGAAGAACGUUCACCUGGCGCCGGGGUGGCUGAUGCAGCUGGAGAAGAAGCUGCACUCCCUGCAGCCACACGCCUGCUUCAGGCUCUUCCUCACCAUGGAGAUCAACCCCAAGGUGCCGGUGAAUCUGCUCCGGGCGGGCCGCAUCUUCGUGUUCGAGCCCCCCCCAGGGGUGAAGGCCAACAUGCUGAGGACGUUCAGCAGCAUCCCCGUCGCGCGAAUAUGCAAGUCUCCCAACGAGCGUGCACGCUUGUACUUCCUGCUGGCCUGGUUCCACGCCAUCAUCCAGGAACGCUUACGAUACGCACCCCUGGGGUGGUCCAAGAAGUAUGAGUUCGGGGAGUCUGACCUGCGGUCGGCCUGCGACACGGUGGACACGUGGCUGGACGACACUGCCAAGGGGAGGCAGAACAUCUCGCCAGAUAAGAUCCCGUGGUCAGCACUGAAGACCCUGAUGGCGCAGUCCAUCUACGGCGGGCGGGUGGACAAUGAGUUUGACCAGCGCCUGCUCAGCACUUUCCUGGAGCGCCUGUUCACGACGAAGAGCUUCGAUAGUGAGUUCAAGCUGGCUUGCAAGGUUGAUGGGCAUAAAGACAUUCAAAUGCCCGACGGCAUCAGGCGAGAGGAGUUUGUGCAGUGGGUGGAGCUGCUCCCCGACACGCAGACGCCCUCCUGGCUGGGCCUGCCCAACAAUGCGGAGAGAGUCCUCCUCACCACGCAGGGGGUGGACAUGAUCAGUAAGAUGCUGAAGAUGCAGGUGCUCGAGGACGAGGACGACCUGGCCUACGCGGAGACGGAGAAGAAAACGAGGGUGGACUCCACGUCCGAUGGGCGCCCCGCCUGGAUGAGGACCCUGCACACCACCGCCUCCAACUGGCUGCACCUCAUCCCCCAGACGCUGAGCCACCUCAAACGCACAGUGGAGAACAUCAAGGAUCCCUUGUUCAGAUUCUUUGAGAGAGAAGUGAAGAUGGGAGCGAAGCUGCUCCAGGACGUCCGCCAGGACCUUGCCGACGUGGUGCAAGUGUGUGAGGGGAGGAAGAAGCAGACCAACUACUUGCGCACGCUCAUCAAUGAGCUGGUGAAAGGGAUCUUGCCUCGGAGCUGGUCACACUACACAGUACCCGCAGGCAUGACCGUCAUCCAAUGGGUGUCCGACUUCAGUGACAGGGUCAAACAGCUGCAGGACAUCUCCCUGGCCGCGGCGUCUGGCGGCGCCAAGGAGCUGAAGAACAUCCACGUGUGCCUGGGCGGCCUCUUUGUGCCCGAGGCCUACAUCACGGCCACCAGGCAGUACGUGGCCCAGGCCAACAGCUGGUCCCUGGAGGAGCUCUGCCUGGAAGUCAGUGUCACCACCUCCCAGAGUGCCACCCUCGAUGCCUGCAGCUUUGGCGUGACUGGGCUGAAGCUCCAGGGGGCCACAUGCAGUAACAACAAGCUGUCACUGUCCAGCGCCAUCUCCACGGUCCUCCCCCUGACGCAGCUGCGCUGGGUCAAGCAGACAAACGCAGAGAGAAAGGCUAACGUGGUGACCCUACCCGUGUACCUGAACUUCACCCGCGCAGACCUCAUCUUCACUGUAGACUUUGAAAUCGCUACCAAGGAGGACCCCCGCAGCUUCUACGAGCGCGGCGUCGCGGUCCUUUGCACAGAGUGAACCCCCUUUUCUAGCCCCCCUCCUGUAAGAGUAAAGCUCAAUAUUUAACAUUUAUUCAUUAUGAAAGUGUUUGGAAGGAUGGACUUGUCAGAAGGAAGUCGCUGGCGUGAGGUUGGGGACAAAACGAAGUCUGACGGUUGGGAACAGGAGCUCAGAGGGAUCUGCGCAUGUGCCUGUGUUCAGACGGUCGACGGCAUGACUUGUUCGGGAAAUAAAACACUAAGCAUGACCUGG